CGUCACAGGGAAAAAAAAGCGACAGAAACGUUCGGAUUGAGUAUUGAGUACAUAAAAUAAAAUGUAUAUAUAUAAAUAUACAACAUACUGUUUCACAAACUCAGUUUAUAGCAAUGCUGCUUUCAAGCUGCAUAUUAGUCACAAAAGGUGCUCAUAUUUGGAAACAACCAGUACAACUCCAACUGCUGGUAAAUUAUUCAAAUUUGUCUUUAUGUAGGCUCCUACGUCGUGGUUUGUGAUAUUUGGGGUUGAAUAUGUAUUUGCUAGCGCCAUUAAAAGGCGACUCGUGCCUUUUUUUUUUUUUUACACCGGAAAUUAGUGGUACGUACUUCCUUGGCAACGACGGUCCCUGACAACGAGUAAGCCGAACAAUGGCAGAAAUUGUCGGUGCUCGACAAAAAACACUUUGGGAACAACUUUGUGAAGAAUUUGAAGCUGAACAACCAAGGCCUCCCUGUGAAAAGUGGACAAAUAUUAGCUCAGUCAAACAGCCUGCAGCAGGUCCUGCCACAUAUUACUUGCAGACAGUGUUUCCAGUGUUGUUGCCUGGCCUGGAAGCUUUGCUGACAGAAGCCAGGAAACACGGCUGUUUUGAGAGAAAAAUAACAGCAUUUGUCCCCUGUGACUUCCUAACUGAGUGGCUCUACAAUCAUAACCCCCUCAGGCAGGAACAAGAUCCAGUGAACUUUAAUGAGAUUCCCUUUGUCAAGGACUGGCUGAGCAUCCAGUAAGAGCACGGCCAGAUGUGCAGGAGCUGCGUCGAUGGCAGAGGGAGCUGAGGGAGAACCCUGACAUUGCCAGAUCUAUUGCACGAUUCUGGGCACAACAAGAACGACGAGUGGCUUUGAGAGCAAAACGUCUUCCACAACGUCACCACCACCCAGAUGACCCCUGAGGCUGGUGAGUGGCUGAACCCCCCGCCCCGCCUGUGCAAUGGGAAGGAAACAUCCUUCACACAACUGAGUAAUUUCCUGGCUGUGUGAAACAGCCUGACUCCAGCUCAACUUGAAACACUUCAGCUGAGCUGGUAGUACUGUUAACUGUCAUUUGCUCCAUGUGCAGGGGUUCUCUGCUUUUUAAAGGCUAUAAAAUGUUGUUGCUCUGGUGUCAAACCAGUGGCGCCUGCAGAAAUAUUUUUCAGGGG